AAACGAAGCGAAAGGUGAGCGCGCAACUCAGUUGUCGCCUGACGCGGAGCUGUCAAACUAAGAGCGCGCGAAUUUUGAAUUUUUUUUCUUUUUUUUUUCGAAAGCGUGGCACUCGUAAGGUGUUAAAAUGAAGUACCUCAUUGUUUUGGCUGUAUUCGCUCUGGCUUUUGCCGCUGAAGAGAAAAAAGAAGAUGACGGAGCUAAGACUUUUAGGCGGUUGAUCCCUGCUGAUGUUCUUAGAGACUUCCCCGGUGUUUGCUUCGCGUCUACCCGCUGUGCCACCGUCGAGCCAGGCAACUCAUGGGACUUGGCGCCAUUCUGUGGCCGCAGCACUUGCGUCAUCAGCGAAGACCAGCCCCCUAGGCUGUUGGAGCUGGUGGAGGACUGUGGACCUCUCCCAAUCGCCAACCCCAAGUGCAAGCUUGAUACUGAGAAGACAAACAAGACAGCUCCCUUCCCUGGCUGUUGUCCGAUCUUCACUUGCGAGGAUGGAGUCAAGUUAGAGUACCCUGAACUCCCAACACCUCCCCCAGAAGACGAGAAGAAGGAGGAGGAGAAGAAAUCUUAAAUUAUUAAAAAAAAAAAUUAGAAAUAAAGAUUUAGUCUAUGGUAGAGCGCGGCAACCAUGACAGCUCAUUAGUAAUCUGUGGCGGGAACGAAUUUUUGCGAGCCGAAUUUAGACGCUUUUAGUUACAGAUAAAAAAAGAACGUCAAUUUUCAACGUCUAUAUCCGGUUCCUUAAACAGGCGUUUCGAUGAAUAGAAUUCUAUUUUAAAUUGUGGUAACAUUGCCAGCAUUAACUUUCCAUUGAAAUGAUACGUUUGGGCUUUCUAGUUUCUAUUUGAUAAUAUACAAUAGGCGACCAUUGUUGUGAACCAAACGCCACACUUCCUGUCCAUUCAAAAAACUGUGACAAAAUGUUAAUUGUUAUACAUUUUUGUGUUUGUUUUUUUAGAAGUUCAUCGGCUUUUUUACUUGAAUACCUGCCUAUUAUAAGAUAAUGUUUGUGAUAUUGAUAUUAAUAGAAAAGUUAUUCAAUAAAAAAUACAAAAUUUCUAA